GAAUUUGCUAGUUUUAAUUUCGGGAAUAGAUUUUGCUUAUGAUUCGGAACCUAGCUUUCAAUAUUUGCAGAAAUACCAAUAUGCAAUGUAUCAUUCAUUCUCUCUUCCAGAGUCAAGCGUUGCCAUUGUAUUAAUUUAUUUUACAUACAAAAAAUUAAAGCACCGCUUCGACUUCUAAAAUUUAUCUCUUACUUGAGUAUCAGUUAUCACAUUUAACUGCAGAAAAUGAUCUUUUAACCGAUGGUUUCUGUGCUCAAAUAUACAGUCAAUAAUUUAUUGCUAAUUAUUGGGAUAAAAAACUUUUUAUCCACAUAUUAGUUGCUAUUAAAAAGACAUUUUAAACAAGAACAAAACGGAGUAAUAUGGAAUACUGAGCGAAAAUAAUAUUGGAUUUAUCGAAUUGAAAAUUGAAGAAUAUUGUGAAAUAUUGAAACAAAACGGAAAUAUGACGUCACUAAAGGAAAUGUGUGAAAUGGUUGAUGACUUCGUCGCCAAUGGUGGAUCGACGACGAAAAUAGAUGGAUCGAACGAAUUCUGGAAAAAGUUAAAUAAAGACUCGGCAGUCGCUCAACUGUACACAGAAUGUCUCAUCUACAAGUAUAUUGCAGUAUCGUAUGGAUUAGGAGGAAGACCAUUGUUCAACACUUUAAGUCAAAUCAAGAACAUAUCUGCCCCGGGCAGCCCCCACCACAAAAGCGAUCUAUCGGGGAAAUCCCCAAGUGCGAGUCCUCGGGGAUCUUUGACCCCUACCGGGAAGUCAAAAAGAGGAAGUGGAAAUUUUGAUCAGCCCAUACCUGAAAACAAACCAACACCAAAGAAAAAAUUCAAUAUCAGUCGAAGGAAAAGUGAAGACUCAAAAAAAUCAAAAAAAGAAUUGGCAAUCGAGAACUCGGAUUUUAGGAGAAAAAGUAAAAGUGUGUCGAAGCCUAAUAUCGUACAGGAAACAGAAAAUACAAGAGCAGAAAAAGAAAAUCUUCAACAAAAAUCAGAUUUGGAUAGUGUUCUCAUAUCUCUCACAUACCUGGCUAAAAUGUGCGAUUUGACUCGUUGGGAUUUUACAAAACUGAGAGACGUUUUUCUCAUUUGGAACAAAGCGCGCGGUUGGGAACAGAAUUCUUCAGACUAUGAAUUCUCUGUUAUGAAAAGAUUCUCGAUGGCACCGGCAGCUAAUGUUUAUGAUAUGAAUCAUUUAACAAAAUGUGUGAACGACGUUUUAUCUUCUGUUAGUCAUGAAACGGGAGAAUUAUCAGUUUGCAAGAGUAAAAUUGUCGGAGAAAGCGUUAAAUACUGGGAAAUACGUCACAAAAUACUUGCCAGGCCGGAAGAAGCUAUUUCCGUCAUCAAAUGCCUGACAGAAGUAGCCAAAAAGAUUUUUGAAGACGGAGAGGAAAAUAAAAUUUUACCGUUAUUGCAUAUUUUAUCAGAGACAAUAAUAAUGAGUCCUCACACUCCGUUAGAGCUUCUACAAGAAUGUUACAGCACAUUUGAAAUGUUUUAUGUUUGGCCGUCUUACGUCGCACAUCCUGUUAAGGAAGUAUUGGAUAUGAUACAACUUGAAAUGAAAUGCCCAGGUCAUUUUUAUCGGAUGAUAUUUUUCCAAGACAACGAAAUUCCUCUGGCUGACUACCUAUCAGCUAAAAUGCCAUCUUCCGAAACCCAUGUUUUCAUUGACGAAAGUAUACCGGAAUGUGAAGCUGUUAUGGAAGCUUUCGGAAAACUUCGUGAGACUCGUGGAUCUUCAUCGAAACUAACAGAUGAAACCGGGAUGUUUCGAUACGUAAUGAAACAUAUAUUUGAAUCAGUGUAUGGAGCAGACUGUUGUGAUUUGGCAACAUUGGAGCAAUCUUUAGAGAGUAUACCUUCCGAGCUGGUCCCGGAACUAUGUCAUGAAGCACUCUCGAUCAUGGAAAGAGCCUCCACCAUGAAAACGCACGGAGAAGCACAAGAUUUUUUGCGCGUGGAACUAGAAACGUUUUCAGAAAAACUUGUCGAUUUUUUAGAAGACAAAGUCGGCGAAAAAGAUGCGUCAGAUAUGGCUGAAAAAGAUCCAUUGAGUCAUCUGAAAGGGUCGGGCCAUCGGAGAGUUAGCGUUCUAUACGAAACCUGUCGAAUUCGAGAUCCAUCGUCUCCAGCUCGGUCUUCUUCUGUCGGACAAUCUGGCGCUGUCCUACCGGGCACCCCACGGAGAAACAAUUCGUAUUUACGACGAACAGCUUCAGGAAGUUUGGACAAUCAAACUGGUGCAAAGAAACUUGCAACAAAAGCAAAUUCUCUGGCAAAAGAUACUCCAGCAGAGCUGAUUGGGUCCAAGGUUUCUUUAUACACAUUUGACAAAUCUGAAUUGUCUGAUACGAUGUACGAACUUGUGCGAAACAGUGCGAAAGAAUAUGUUCAGGAAAAGAAAAGAAGUACAAGGAAAAGCAUCGGGAGAAAAAGAGCAGAUUCAGCUCACCUUGAUGACCAGGAUGCUUAUCGUGACAGUGGUGUCAUUGACGAUGAAGAAUCAAAUAAUGAGACAAGAAAUCUAACUACAGCUGUGCAGCAUCUUCGCAUAGAAGAAACAGAAGAAGAGUCGUACAAAACAAAUGUAGUAUUACGAAACAAAGGAGAUAAAACUCCACUUUCUAACUCUUCCAGUACAGACGAUUCAGAAAUAUCUUUCACAAAAUUAGCCGAGGCGGAAGAUAGCGAUAGUUUUUGGAAAGAAUUCAGUGAAAAGGGUUUUGAUCAAGAGGAAAAUGACGAUUUAACAUCGUUACUAAAAUCAAUGACUUUUGAUCAAAGAAAAUCAUUUUUAUUGGAAAACACAAUAAAACGACGACAGAGUAGUUCGGUGGAACCGGUGCAUUCGAGCAUAACGGAAAGCGAGAUAAUAGUAAACGAGAGAGACAUACCUCCAUGCUCUUCUCCGACGAUUAUGAUUGAACGUAGCGAAUCCAUAGAGACCACGACAUCGAGCCAGAUUGAGACGGAGGUAUCCGUUGAGUCUGGACCAAAUGAACAAAACAUUACUAUGAGACGAAAAAGAAAUGAAAGCAAGAAGUAUAAUAGGUUAUCAAGGUUUGUGCGUAGCAAACGACGAUCAAUCAGGAAAGACAAAAAGGAAGGAGAAUUAGAGACAAUUUCGGCCGCAGAAUCUCGUGACUCUGUAUCUUCGAUGUCAUCAACACAAUCGUCUACAACUUCAGAUGAAUUAGUUGAUGCACAAUCAUUGCGCACAAGAACAGCUUCAGAUCCGGUGUUUGGACGUAAAAAGCGUGAGAGGUGGACCCGGGGAACAAUUGGUGCGUCUUCAUCACCUCUGAUAACUAAAAACAAACGCAGUAAAUUGAACGUUGACGUAAGCCCUAGAUCUUCCUUCAACUUGAGCAUAAGAUCACUUCCAGGACAUGAUAGAACUAGCAUUAUAGGAAAUGAUAUUUUCACUGAUGGAAAACAGCAACAAAUGGAAAACCAUUAUGAUCCGACCAGGACGAAUAAAGCUUCUACACCCACGGAUGGAGAAAGUCCUAGAAAGUCAACGUUUUUGAUAGGAGCAGGCGAAGAUGACGAAGACGCACGUCGAAGAAUCGAUUCCGGAAUUGGUCACGAGCACGCUUCUGAUGCAAUGAGGAAAAGAACGUUUUCUUCCUUCGGCAAAUUUCGUGAACCAGAAGACCACGGUAUCGGUGGAGUAAAGUUUGCAGUCAAGGAGGCUAUGAGGGCGAGCCGUCGUGGUCGAAUAUCGAUUUCCGAUGCUUUAGAAGAACGAACCAUUCACAAGAAAGUUGUGAAACUUGUAUUUGUUGGGAAUGACAAGACCGUGGGCCACAUGGCUCGGGCCUACUACAGUUUAAGGAAACGUCAAGUUACAAGAGCACCUUUGUUUCAACACAUUGAUCUGAGAUUAUACUUUAUUCCAAUAGGCUCGAAUCAGCCUGUUGCAAAUGACAACAUUUUAAGUAGAGCAGAUGUACCGGCGCAGUGUGACGUAAAAAUUGGGGAAUUACUGGGAACUUUCGACUCCUGGUAUCACACGGCUGUGACAUUGAGCAUCAAUAACCUUGUGCGAGUAUUGCCAAAGAUUUCUCCACCCGAAGAUAUGGACAAAGAAUACACAAAUACUUUAGGUGGAGAAAGGCAAAUCGCCAUGCAUAGGCUGCUGGCGCCACAAGAGGUUAUUGCCAGUUCACUGCUGAGUUACUCACGAUUUGCAGUCAGCAGGACAGAUAUAAAUAUGUACAGGGUUGUUAUGGUGACAAGUACGGGUGACGUCAUCACCGAUGUAUUCUGUUGUCAGUUGAAAAUUGGACACGAUGCUUAUACAACAGCUGUAAAAGCAGGAAAAUUUGGAAAGCUUGGAAAAUUAGUUGAUUUAUCUAAUGACAAUGGACCACCACCUGCUUAUACUAAAAUUGAAUAUUCAAAGUGGAGCAUCGAUCAGCAGUUGAUUUAUACUGGAAAAUUGGAGGAUACGUUUUAUCACACUGUGUGUGUUACACCAAUGGCACUUUGCAAGAAUCAUUUCAGAGGACGAGAUGUAUUGCAAUUGGUCCUUAUCGACAACGAAAAAAGAGAGAAAUCUUAUCGACGAGCAUCAAACAACAAGUUAUCAUCUCUAGAAGAAGUGGAAAUUGCAGGAAACGUGUUGGACAUCGGAACAAUGAAAAUUGAAGUUGUUCGACCAAGCCAAGGAACUUUUUCUUUGGUGAUGGAUAACUCAGAAAUCUACACAAGUAUAAAGAGUGUUGAGAUUUCACCAUGCGCAGCUCCUGAACUGGAAAUGGCCCAGAAUAAACGAAGAAGCAGGCUAUUAAGAAAUCAUUAUUUGAUGCACUUACCAAUCCGUACAUUCUGGCCUGCAACGCAAUAAGUGGAUAAAGCGUUCAUAAAAAGAAUGUGCUAUUUCAGUGACGAGUUAUAGAUUGAACCAUGCCAGAGAAUUUCAAUCAUGUCAGAGAACACGCGUAGAGAGUACAGAACAAUUAACAAUAUGCGUGUACGCCAUUUUGCGAGAGAGACAUUUUUCCUGUCGAAAGUUCACGAUCUGCAGGCGGAUCUUCGACGUUGUCAUCUUGAAACGGAAUGGAAAAGUUGAUUAUAAACUAAAAUGAAGUCAAUUGCAUCGAUGGAAGAACAUUAUACAUUUUUUCAGAUUUAUAUCUUACGUUGGCUUUAUUUUAUUUGAUUAUUUUUUAGCUUUAUCUAUGUAUUUUUAAUUUUGUUUGUUUAAACUAUUGUUUGUUUGUUUUUUCAACGUUAGAAGAUUUGAAAAUAUAUAUAACUAGUUUGAAAAAUAUCUCAUUUAAUUAGGUUAGUUAAUAGCCAUGAUAUUUGAGUCCUGUAUCGUACAAAUUAUAAAACUGAUCAAGUUUAUAUGUAUCCGUUUUAUAACAAGAUCUCGUUAUAAAUCUUUCAUAAUUUGAAUUUAAAUUUUGAUUUGGAUUGUCACAUUUGAGGAAGAAAUAUAACAGUUCAAAACUUGUGUAAUAUAACGCUCCAAUAAAAUUUGUCGUGUUCGAAUCACUUUUUAUCUGUUCUGUUUUUAAAAAACAAAAAUUUGUUUUAAAUUUUCAUAUUAAAUUGAUAGCACGUAAUAUUUUACUCACGAUUUUCUGUAAGUCAUUCAAAAUAAAACUUGCAUUUUUUGUUUCUGAAAAAAAAAAUCAAAAGAUUUGCUAAAAAUUGAUUUGAUAAAGAAAUGUUUUGAGUAAGUUAUUUUUCUACCUCUACAUUAGGUUUGUUAAGUUAAAAAUGUAAUAUUAAUACAGUGAGUCGUGGAUGAUAAUAAAUUAUGAUG